CUCCUCGCGGCGCCGCGAAACCCUAGCCCGCCCCCACCAUGGACGGCUCCGCCUCCAAGGGCAAGCGCAAGCGCGGCCGCAAGAGCAAGGCGGCAGCGGACCACCCCUCGCUGUCCCCCGAUGCCCCCGCCGCCGUGGUCGCCGAGAACCCCGCCCCCGCCGCCGCCGGCCGCCGCGGGCGCAAGCCGCGACGCGUCGAGGUCGAGGCCCCGGCCGCCGCGGACGCCUCCACGCCCCGGCGCGGGGACGCGAAGCACCUGGCGAACGGUGGGGACGCGGCGAUGGCGGAGCUGGGCCCCGCGGGCUGGGAGGAGGUCGUCAGGGUGGUGCCGUCCAUGGACGCGGUCGUCAAGGUGUUCUGCGUGCACACCGAGCCCAACUUCUCGCUGCCGUGGCAGCGGAAGCGGCAGUACAGCUCCAGCAGCAGCGGCUUCAUCAUCGGCGGCCGGCGCGUCCUCACCAACGCCCACUCUGUCGAGCACUUCACCCAGGUCAAGCUUAAGAAGCGCGGGUCCGACACCAAGUACCUCGCCACCGUCCUCGCCAUAGGCACCGAGUGCGACAUUGCCUUGUUAACUGUCAGUGAUGAUGAGUUCUGGGAGGGAGUUACACCAGUUGAGUUUGGGUCGUUGCCAGCACUUCAGGAUGCAGUCACUGUUGUUGGUUAUCCAAUUGGAGGAGAUACAAUAUCAGUGACAAGUGGUGUGGUCUCUAGGAUAGAGAUACUGUCCUAUGUGCAUGGUUCUACCGAACUUUUAGGGUUGCAGAUAGAUGCAGCUAUUAAUUCAGGAAAUUCAGGUGGCCCAGCUUUUAAUGAUAGGGGCAUAUGUGUUGGCAUAGCUUUUCAGUCUCUCAAACAUGAAGAUGUAGAGAAUAUAGGUUAUGUGAUACCCACCCCAGUUAUCAAGCAUUUUAUUCAAGACUAUGAAAAAUCUGGAGCAUAUACAGGCUUCCCUAUAAUUGGGAUAGAAUGGCAGAAAAUGGAAAAUCCCGAUCUCCGGAAAGCAAUGGGAAUGAAACCUGAUCAAAAGGGUGUUCGUGUUAGGAGAGUGGAACCUACUGCUCCCGAGUCUGGAUGUCUGCAACCGUCAGAUAUUAUUCUUAGCUUUGAUGGAGUUGACAUUGCCAAUGAUGGUACAGUUCCUUUCAGGCAUGGCGAGCGAAUUGGCUUUAGUUACCUUGUUUCUCAGAAAUAUACCGGUGACAAAGCCCUUAUCAAAGUCCUGCGCAACUCAAAAGUUCAUGAAUUUAAAAUAAAGCUAGCGACCCACAAGCGGCUCAUUGCAGCUCAUGUCAAGGGCAGGCCACCAUCAUAUUACAUUGUUGCUGGCUUUGUUUUUGCAGCUGUCUCUGUUCCAUAUCUCCGUUCUGAGUAUGGGAAAGACUACGAAUAUGAUGCACCUGUCAAGUUGUUGGUCAAGCAUUUGCAUUCAAUGGCGGAAUCACCUGAUGAACAGCUGGUGGUUGUAUCACAGGUGCUUGUGGCAGAUAUCAAUAUCGGUUAUGAAGAUAUUGUCAAUACGCAGGUCCUUGCCGUUAAUGGUCAUCCUGUGAAAAAUCUGAAGGACUUAGUGACAACAGUGGAAAAUUGCAAGGAUGAAUUCUUGAAGUUUGAUUUGGAGUAUGACCAGAUCGUUGUCCUGGAGACAAAAACCGCGAAGGCUGCUACCGAGGACAUUCUGACAACGCACUGCAUCCCGUCGGCCAUGUCUGAUGACCUGAAGGCCUAAUGGAGAACAAGAUGCGGCUGUCUGGUGGCCCCGAUCGGGGUCACUUUUUUGGGGGUUGAACACCAGCCCGGCACCGGGCAGAAGCCUGAGCUUAUGCAUCCAGACCCUCUGGGGCUCCUGGGUGUGAGAGAGCUUCACCAAAGAAGGCUGAGGGUAAGUGGGCGCCACAUCAGCAUAAGCUGGAGCGCUGUCCAGCAUUAGUCAUCAUGAAAGUGAUGGCGGUUAAUUGAUAACAAUGGUUUCAUUUUUUUUCAAAAUUAAAUUAAAUUAUUGAGGGGGAAAAAGUUCAUAUUUUUGCCUCGGCCCCCACCGAAAAGUCCAAUACACCAUCGUCACCAGUUACAACAAUUUAUCAAUGAUAUAUGUUCCCAUCUGCUC